UGGAACAGCAGCAGAGAGCACUGCCAGCGCCUCGGAGCUUCCCUGGCCACCGUGGACACGGAGGAGGAGGUGCAAUUUAUGCUGCGGUACCAGGGCCCAGCAAACUGUUGGCUUGGGCUGCACAGGGCAGAAGGGGACGAGCACUGGACAUGGACCGACGGCAGCGCCUUCACCAACUGGUUCCAGCUGCGAGGCGGAGGCCGAUGUGCGUACCUGAAUGGGGACAGGAUCAGCUCAGCCCUCUGCCACAUUAAGAAGCUGUGGGUGUGCAGCAGAGCCGACAGCUUCGUCCUCUGGAGGAAUGGGACAAAUCCACAGUGACGGACUCCAUCUGCAGCAAUCUCAUGCCAAUGCUACUGGUCUCUGUGAUGCCAUCGGUGCUCACUUAACUCUGCCUCUUUCCAGCAGUGCUGCAGCUGUUCCCGCAUGAAACCACGCAGCUCUGCUGCUCGUUAUCUCUCAGAGAAGAUGUUUAAUUGCACUGUGCCUUAAAGGAAGGGUCCUUUGAGGGUCCUUAGAGGUCACAGCCCUGUGGGACGGUUGGGUGGGCAGGGUGAGGAUCGCUGCCCCCGCCCCCUGGAGCUGCCAGGACCUGGAGCAGCGCAGCCAGCAGUGUGAGCACAGCACAGAGCAGCGCUGCGUCCUGCGGGGCUCAGCCAACGUUUCUUAUU